AUGGGAUCUCCAAUUGAAUAUCUUGAUGGCUCAGACUCCAGACUAUGUCUGAGGUGUGCAACCGAGAAAGGAGUAUUAAUAACAAGAAAGGAAGUGUUUUGCAAGGCUUGUUUCAUCAGAUUCAUAAGAGGGAAGCAGAGGAAACAAAUGCAGGAUGAAAAGUACAAGGUAAAGUAUGGAAAAGCAAAGGAACUUGCAGCCUUAAAUCCUACCAAGAUUUUACUUGCACUCUCCAUGGGGAUUUCUUCGUUGGUUUUGUUUGACGUUAUUGCUUCUUUAUUACAAGAGCAAAUGGAAAUGCACAAGGGGAACACAGGGUUUGAGUUGGUAGUCCUUAAUAUUGAUGAAUACGAGCUAACUAGCCUAAACAAUCUGAUCCAAGCUGUUAUUCCAAAGUUAAAGUCAUUUUUCAGCUACGUAGAUAUUUCUUUCAAGGUUUUAAACAUAAAUUCUUAUAUAUUGGAUGAAACUCUAAUUAAAAGGAUAAGAUUGUAUCCAGAUUUCCAUGCUACUAUGACAGACCUGGAUAAGAAUGUAUCUUCAGGCUUAAAAGACUUACUAUUGAGUUGCCCCAAUAAGUCAUCUGCUGAAGAUUUGUUGACCAUAGUCUUUGACGAAUUAAUACUUCGUACUGCCUAUGUAGAGAAUUGCAGUACUGUAGUAUAUGGUCAUAAUAUGACUAGAAUUGCAAAUGAGAUCAUUGCGUUGACGGUGAAAGGAAGAGGAUCUUCCAUUCAUGAAAAGGUAUUGGAUCAUGUAGUUCAUUACCAGGAUAAAAGCAUACAAAUAGUUUACCCUUUAAAAGAUGUAUUGAGAGCUGAAGUCGAAGCAUACUGCAAUUUGAUAGGACUUUCCGACUUAAAGUUGGAAUCAACUAAACCUAAAGCAACUAUUAAUAGAAACAUGACCAUUAGGGACUUGACCACAAAUUAUUUUAACCAAUUGGACGCUACUGGAUAUGCUUCAACUGCAUCUUCAGUUGUUAAGACUGGAGAGAAACUUGGCCCACCGAAGAAUUUUGAAAGCUCAGGUAGCCAAUCUAUAACCCAGUGUCAAGUUUGUGGUAUUGAUAUUCAUCAAAAUCCUCAAAAUUGGCUUAAAAGGAUUACAGUAAAUGAGCUGGCGCCUCUUGUUACUGAAGAAGAUGAAGAAUAUCUCAAGCUAUACAAUGAAAGUAAGUCUGCUAUGGCUUCACUUGGGGAAACGGAAGAAUCUGAAGCAAUUACAAAUCCUUUGGGAAUUUGCUACGGUUGCAUUGUUACUUUGAGUAGCAUUAAGGCAGAAGAUGGGUUUUUAUGGCCAAUAAGGAAUCUGGCACAAGAAAAGGAGGAUAUAUUGAAUGAGUAUAUACUUACUGAAGAUGAAGAAGAAUAA